AUGAAAAAGCGCAUCUCACGAACGGCAUUCAGUGAGAAGCCCCCUCGCCACGUCAAGGCAGCCGUUCAUGAGGGGAAUAAGAAGGGUGAUAGGUUAAAAAUUGAAAGAGGAACUAAUGAUGGACCUGAAAGUCAAGGUUUCGUUGAAAAUUCUUACUUGGCCGGAAUCACGCCUACUGAAUUUUACUUUCACGCGAUGGGCGGUAGAGAAGGAUUGAUCGAUACCGCUGUCAAAACUGCUGAAACUGGUAGGGUGACUCUGGGAGCGUUUGGGACCACCGUAGUGUACGUGUUGCAAUGGAGGUACUGUCCCCUCACUCGCACAACCUCGCUUAAACUGAAGGACGUCAGACCGAUGAUGAGGUUGAGGGUCUUUACGAUAGCUGAAUUCGUUUAA